UUCCUUCGGUUGUAUUUGAAAAAAAAAAAAGAACUAGUGCCUGGGAUUGUCAUUCUUUCUUUUUCUGUCAUUCUGAAUUUGUGGUAUUAGUCUUAAGUGUUGGAGAAUCUGAGAUGGGUAAGAAGCAAGCAGGUACAGGGCCGUUUUUGAGGCGUCCGGACAACUCUGCGUUUAAACAGCAGAGGUUACCAGCUUGGUCUCCAUCUCUCACGGCACAAACCGUGCUGCCAUCAUUCUACAUCCUCUCUCUCGUGUGUUUGUUACUGGGCAUCUGGCUCCUCAUCACUGUUGAGAACACACACCAGCUGAAGGUAGACUACACAAAUGGAUCGUGUGCUCAGUGCUUUGAGAUGCGGAAGAAUGCCAGCAAUGCCAAGACCAACUGCAAGUGCUCAGUCCCUUUCUUCAUUGAAAAAAAAAUUCUGGGUGAUGUAUUCAUUUACUACGGUCUGGUAAACUUUCAUCAGAACCUGCGGAGGUACAUGGACUCCCGUGAUGAUGCACAGAUGGUGGGGAGGAAGACAAACCUGAAGAGUUCGUACUGCACUCCAUUCGAUUACGAUGCUAACAGAGUGCCCAUUGCCCCUUGUGGUGCCGUGGCCAACAGCAUGUUCAAUGACUCAUUUAUCUUGUAUUAUAAAAAUAACGGAUCAACAGUGCAAGUUCCACUCUUCAGGAAGGGUAUCGCCUGGUACACCGACAAAAAUGUGAAAUUUCGUAACCCCCCGACCAAUGAGACAUUCACACUCCAGCAAGCCUUUGAAGGCACAACUCUGCCUUUUUUCUGGCAGCGUCCGGUUUAUGAGCUGGACACCACAGACCCCAACAACAAUGGCUUCAUCAAUGACGACCUGAUUGUUUGGAUGAGAGAGGCAGCCUUCCCUAAUUUCAAAAAGCUUUAUGGGGUUCUCAAUCGUGCUCAAUGGCCUUUCACUGAUGGUCUGCCUGCUGGCAACUACAACAUCGCUAUCAAUUACAAUUUUCCAGUCGGGCCCUUCAGAGGUCAGAAAGAGGUAGUGAUCUCCACCGUGACCUGGUUUGGUGGGCAGAAUCACUUCCUGCCCAUAGCGUACCUGGUGACCAGUGGACUGAUCUUGGUGGCGGCUAUUGGACUCACAACAGUGUAUGUUAAAGUAGGCAAAAAAGGCAAGAACCUGGAAGAAUAAACAAA